AUGUCUGAAACUCUUGAUUUGUCCUUGUUGAAGGGAACUCCCGAGCAAAGAGAGGCGGUCUCAACAGCUCUGCUCAAGACGUUGAAAACCCGAGGUGGCGCUAAGUUGAAGAACCAUGGUCUUUCUGACGAUCUGGUUCACAAUCUCUUCGACUAUACUCGCAAGUUCUUCGCCCUUUCGCACGAAGACAAAAUGACAGCCAAGCAUCCUCCCGAGUCCACCCCUAAUCGUGGAUACAGCUACGUUGGUCAAGAAUCAAUCUCCAGCAUUAGUGGGUACGAAAAAGGCUUGUCUCAAGGAAAGUCUAUCCGUGACAUCAAGGAAACCCUCGACAUGGGCUCAGCACGAGACGACCUGGUAGACAACAUCUGGGUAGAAGAGUCCAAACUUCCAGGCUUCCGCAAAUUCAUGGAAGGCUUCUAUGAGGAGUGCUUCAAGCUCGAGCUUGAGAUCCUCGCCGCCCUAGCCGAAGCGCUCGACGUCCCCUCCGAACAAAUGAAAACACUGCAUAGCCGAGCCGAAAACGAGUUCCGUCUGCUUCACUACCCACCUAUUAACGCCUCUGAACUGGCAGACGGCACUGCCACACGAAUCGCAGAACAUACCGAUUUCGGCACCAUCACCAUGCUUUUCCAGGACUCAGUGGGCGGCUUGCAGGUUGAGGACCAGCAACAGCUGGGAACAUUCCGGAACAUCGAGUCUGCGGAUAAGACGGAGAUUAUUCUGAACAUUGGCGAUUCCUUGCAGCGAUUAACGAAUGAUACAUUUCGCGCUGCUUGUCACCGCGUCACUUAUCCGCCUAGUAUUAAGGUUGGCUCAGAUCAGAUCAUUCCUGAACGCUACUCUAUUGCAUAUUUUGCGAAGCCAAAUCGGACCGCGUCGCUGUUCCCUUUUAAGAAGUUCGUUACUCCUUCGACGCCGUGCAAGUAUGAUGACAUUACGGCUUGGGAGUACAACAACCUGCGCAUUGCGAAGCUGUUUAGUUGA